UCAAUCAGAAUCAGAUAGCAGCAACCAGCAAGGCAAGCUAAGGUAAAACCCACCACAUCACAACUCUGCCCAUUACCGCCAUCCCUCCUUUCCCUGGAUUGCUUCUAAGAGAUAGGCCGGGAGAGAAGCAUAAAAAUGGUUCCAACCAGCCUUCCAACUAGUGGAUUGCGCUUACUAUCCUACUGUAAUCAAAGUUACAGUGGCGGCCUUGCUCUUCGUCCACUACUUUCUAUAUGCUCUCCUGCCUCAAAUUUCUACUCUGCAAUCAAAUCAAAUGGACAUCAAAAGAGGAAUCAUAGUUCCUGUCUCUCUUCGUCUAUAUCUUCAUUUAUGCCAAAAGUAUUACGAGUGGCAUCAAAAUCAAGAACAUUAUGUACAUCCUCAAGUGUAACCGCAGAUCCUUCUACUCCCACAACAACAUCCCCAGGUGAUAACAAAGAGAAAGAAGAGGUGGUUGUUGAUAUGAUGAAAGUAAAAGAUAUGGCAAAUACAUUAGACAUAAGGGUCGGAAGGAUCUUGAAGGCAUGGAGACACGAAGAGGCUGAUUCACUCUAUGUCGAAGAAGUAGACAUUGGUGAAUCUGAGCCAAGAAUAAUCUGUAGUGGGCUCGUGAAAUACAUCCCACUUGAAAAUCUGCAAGACAAAAAUGUAGUGGUUCUUGCUAAUUUAAAGCCUAGAAAUAUGCGUGGGGUGAAGUCAGCUGGAAUGCUUAUGGCUGCUUCUGAUGCAUCACACGAGAACGUUGAGCUACUUGAGCCUCCAGAGGGGUCGGUUCCAGGUGAGAGGAUAUGGUUUGGGACUGAAGAUGAGAAAGAGACACUUCCAGAAGCUGCCUCGGCUAACCAAAUUGCAAAGAAAAAGAUAUGGGAGCAAGUGCAGCCUCAUUUGGCUACAACUGAUUCUUGUGUUGCUACAUUAGGAGGUACGCAUUUGAUGCUAACUUCUGCUGGUUCAGUGCUUAGUAAAACCUUGACGAACGCAAAUAUAGCAUGAUCUUUGAGAAUUAAAACCUUAUUGCUCAUGCUAUAUGCAUUGCUAGAAGCAUAUUAGCAGUUUUGGUUCAUCGAGAUUGUGGUUUACUGCUACAUAAUUGUUUUAUGGGUCGAGUUUUGUUACCAGGUUAACUCUAUAACUGUGAGUGGUACAUUAUCUUUGCUUCUUUAAGUUUAGUGAAAACAUGAUUACAUGAAUACUAGAAUUUUUUUUUUGAGGGCUUAUACCAGGACUUGUUAACGAAAAUUCUGAAAA